AUGCCCACGGAGACAUUCACUUGUCUCGUGUCGGUCGGCAACUUCUGCCUCCUUGCGAGCAAUUGGUGGAGCCCGCCCGUGCAGCCUGCACCAGCGUGUGGGUGCACCUGCCACUGCUCCGAGGGCAGCUCAUGGUGGCCCCCUGUGCUCAUCGGCAUCCUGAGUGUGACCACGCUCCUCGGGCUGGGCCCAAGACUGUUGUGGCGGGCGCCGCAGGCGCAGGUGCAGGCGACCGACGUGAAGCAGCGGCGCGGCCAGAUCACGGCCGGUCCGCCGACUAACCGCUACUGGGCGCUGUUUGACCGCGCUGAGGGGCUGUGGCACGAGCGGUUGUGCCUGUUCGAGUACGAGACUGGGAUCAUCGUUGCCACCCCUGACGGGGACAUCUAUGCAGAGGAGUACACGGACAACGAGGACCUGGCCCUCUCAGGGCCUCAGGGUGGCGUGCCUCGCCGCUUGUACCCACGACGGCGCUACCACUUCGACCCAGACGACCUGGACGAGGACAGCCAGCUGCGCGUGGACGCCGCCCGCCAGCUGGAGAGGCUGCUCGCGAGCGGCGAGUACCCGGCGGCGCCGCUCCCGCUUCCUGAUACGGGGGACGCGGCGGCGCUGGUGCCCGCCGACGACGGGGCGGCGGCUGACGCUGGCGGCGGCACGGCCACACCACGCAGCGGACUACCGAAGGAGCUCGAUGAUGCACCUCGUGGGACGUCCUGGUACCAGCUCACUGACGGUUUCGGCCAGCGUAUGCAUGACCAGGUGACGGUUGGGCUGAACGAUCGGUGCAUCACGGACGGGCGCACUGGACUUCUCAUCCGCGACGGUGAGACUGUGCCGGUGACCGCGCUGCGACCGCAGCGAGCUGGAGACGAUGACGUGAGGACGCUGCCGGUGCAGUACAACCCGAGGGGUGAGAGGACGCGCUCGUUCCAAAACGCGCGGGGCGCGUUCACCGAGGAGACCUUCGACGACUUCCCUGUCCGCGGCCUUCGGACGACCGGCUGGCUGAUGGAGGCGUUCCACAGGAGUGGUCAGAGCCCUGUGGCUCGCCACCACUGGUGGAGACAGAUGCGGGGCGCGACGACCGCGGACCCUGGGAUAGACGACCACCUCUUCCUCUCAGAGCUGUUCGAGCUCGGCGGGCAGUACGACCAGCUGAACCUGCCAAACAGUGCCGCCUUCGAGGCGAUCGCCCGCCGCUACCAGCUGUGGGAGGAGAGGUACGCCGAGAAGUUGAAGCAGGUGACGGAGGGACCAGGAGCCGCCGCAGGCGUGGCGGCGGAGCGGCACCUCUUCCUCGGCGUCGCGUCUGGCAGUGCCGCGCUAGUGGCACCAAGCCUGGCCGAGUACGUAGCUGAGAAGAUGGAGCAGGAGAGCAAGAUCUUGAAGGAGCGCCGCAAGGGGCGCGAGGAGCGCAACCUGGCGGCGCUCGCGUCUUCUGGCUCUGGCGGCGGCGGGGGCGGCGGGGCGGCAGGCGCAGCAGCACUCGACGGCCAGGGCGGGAAGAAGAGGCCGCCCAAGAAGCAGAAGUCCGACGAGGGCUAG